CCCCAUUUGCCAGCCCACCACCACCACCUCCACGACCCCUCCCUCUUUCUCUCCUUCUCUCUUUCUCGUGGCUGUGCUCCGAUGUCCGCUUGAUAAAUACAUUUGAUUCAACCGAGCUGUCUGAAAUCUGCCACCACCCCUCCCACGCUCAGUUCCCCAUUCCUCCACCCGGAUACCGACGUCUCGCUACCCGCCACCGUCACCCUCAACCACCACCUGCUCUCUCCCCUUUCCCCCUCCUCGCCUCCUCUUUCCUUUUCUUUUUCUUGGUCUCUGCGUACUACAGCAAGGAACCAUCCAAAAGCCAUAGCUGCGACCUGCUUCCCUCAUUAUCUUAAUCCCCCCCGCCGGCAGAAAAGGGUCCUUGAAGGCCGUGUUGGGUCUCUUGCACAAUCGAGAGAUCGAGCGACGAGGGAGGAGGGGAAAAAGGUAGUAGAAUCCCAAAGCAGUAUUUUGAGUAAUUGUUUUUGCCUUUUCGUCGAGCACCUCAUGUGCACUCUCCCUCUCCGCCUCGCAUAUAAUUACACCCGCCGCCAGCCCUCCGCUCUCUCCCCAUCACUUCGCCCUCGCCCUCGCCCUCGCUUUUCUCUCCCUGUUAUGAAGAAUUGGUGUUCAUGGCUGCUUGCGCUUUGAUGAGUGGCGGCGACAAUGGCAGCAACAACGAGGACAGCAACGGCCGCCGCGAGAGCCCGAGCUUCAUGAGCUCCUCCAACGUCGGCGGCGCCGGCGACCACCUCCUUAACACCCUCCACCACCACCACAACCGCCGCCGUCAGCACCACCAGCAGCAACCCCUGCUAGAAGAGCAACGUCGGCUCUUGGAGAGCGGUAACAGGAUGGUUAGGAAGAGGAUGGCUUCGGAGCUCGAGGUGCAGGCGCCUCCCGCCGCUGAUUACCUCAGGCUUUCCCGGCGAAACACCUCCUCCUCCGCCGCCAUCGCCAACGCUUCUUUGAUGAGUAACCCUCUAUCUGACGCGAACUGCUUCGUGCCCUCGAGAGAUAUUAUCGUCCCCAACCACUCCACCAUGACCAUGUUACCUUCUUCCACGAACUUGACCAUGACGUCACUCGGGCCAGGGUUUUUAUCCCCCACUCCAUGCACCACCAUUGCCACGACGACGACCUCGCCUUACGCUGCCGAGACCGCCCUCUCGCCUCUCCUCCCGUCUCAGCCCCAGCCACAACCCCCCGCGCUCUGCGUCUUCUCCGGCUUGCCCUUGUUCCCGCCGGAGAAACCACGCACCGCCUCCGGUUUCGCACCGCCUCCUCCAACGGCGAUAAACCCUAGCAUCGGUGCUAGUGGCAUUCCCAUGGAGGACAGCUCGGCGACGGCGUGGGUCGACGGCAUCAUCAAGGAUCUCAUCCAGAACUCCACGUCCGUCUCGAUCCCUCAGCUCAUCCAUAACGUGAGGGAUAUUAUCUACCCCUGUAACCCUAACCUCGCCGCCGUUCUCGAGUACCGGCUACGCUCGCUCAUGAAGGAGCCGGUUCCGGCGGUGGAUUUGCAGUUACAGAGGCAGUAUAAUAACCAGCAUUUCUCUCUCCCCGAUUCGACGAUCCAUCAUACUCAGUACUCGAACUAUGGCCUCGCAUCGCUACCGGCGGCCGUCGGCCAAGGGAGCAGCCGCCGCUUGCAGGAGCACGAGGCGAGCGCUUCGUCCGCGAGGGCUCCGGUUCUGACGAUGAACCAGGUGCAGCAGCAGCAGCCGCCUAAUAAUCCGCCGCAGCUUCAGCCGCCGGAGCCGCUGCAACAACCGCCACCUCAGCAGCAGCAGCGCAGCGAGGGGGAGAACGAGAAAUCGUCCACCUCCGGCGAGACGGCGCCGACUCCGACGGCCACGGCUGCCUCCGCCGCCGCAGCCGCGGCCCUGGCGAGGGAGAGGAAGGAGGAGAUGCGGAACCAGAAGAAGGACGAGGAAGGCCUGCACCUGCUGACCCUGCUGCUUCAGUGCGCGGAGGCCGUGUCGGCGGACAACCUCGAGGAGGCGAACCGGAUGCUGCUGGAGAUUUCCGAGCUCUCAACGCCGUACGGCACCUCGGCGCAGCGUGUCGCGGCCUACUUCUCGGAGGCCAUCUCGGCCCGGCUCGUGAACUCGUGCCUGGGGAUCUACGCGACGCUCCCCUCCGUGCCGUACAGCCACAAGAUCUCCUCCGCCUUCCAGGUCUUCAAUGGGAUCAGCCCAUUCGUCAAGUUCUCCCACUUCACGGCAAACCAGGCGAUCCAGGAGGCGUUCGAGCGCGAGGAGAGGGUCCACAUCAUCGACCUCGACAUCAUGCAGGGUCUGCAGUGGCCGGGGCUUUUCCACAUUCUGGCGUCGCGGCCCGGCGGCCCGCCGCACGUCCGGCUCACGGGGCUGGGCACGUCCGUGGAGGCCCUGGAGGCCACGGGGAAGCGGCUGGCCGACUUCGCCGACAAGCUGGGCUUGCCGUUCGAGUUCAUCGCGGUGGCGGAGAAGGUCGGGAACUUGGAUCCGGAGCGGCUGAACGUGAGCAAGAGGGAGGCCGUGGCGGUUCACCUGCUGCAGCACUCGCUGUACGACGUCACGGGUUCUGAUACCAACACGCUUUGGCUUUUGCAGAGAUUGGCGCCGAAGGUGGUCACGGUGGUGGAGCAGGACCUGAGCCAUGCGGGCUCGUUCCUCGGCCGCUUCGUGGAGGCGAUCCACUACUACUCGGCCCUGUUCGACUCGCUAGGGGCGAGCUAUGGGGAGGAGAGCGAGGAGAGGCAUGCCGUCGAGCAGCAGCUGCUCUCCAGAGAGAUCCGGAACGUGCUGGCAUGCGGCGGACCAUCGAGGAGCGGGGAGCCGAAGUUCACCAGCUGGAGGGAGAAGCUGCAGCAAGCAGGGUUCAGGGGCGUCUCCCUCGCUGGGAAUGCUGCGACGCAGGCGUCGCUGCUCCUCGGGAUGUUCUCCUGCGACGGGUACACACUGGUGGAGGACAACGGGGCUCUCAAGCUCGGGUGGAAGGACCUGUGCUUGCUCACCGCAUCGGCAUGGAGUCCGCUGAAUCUGCACGCCACCUCGGCAGGGCUCAUUCGUCAUUUCGCUCGCUAGGCCGGAGACUUUGCUUGGGCAAACGAUGCCGGCGGCGCCGAUGUGGACCAUGAUUACGAGGAUGAUGAUGAUUCUGGUGGUGAUGUGGGAAAUCGAACUAUCAUGGGUUUAGCGAGGAUUUUCUAGUUUCUGGGACUAUGGUUGACCAUGUGAUUUAGGUGAGCCAGGCGAUAUCAUGUGCUAGGAAAAUGGGUUGCACCGAAUACGAGUUCUCUCCUUUUGGCCUUCUAAAAAUUUUCUGCAUGCUUGUUACA